AACAAACGGAUGGUAUAAAGUCUAUUACAAACGUUAAUAAGUAAUCAUGAUUUUUAUAUCACAUAGCAUUUUGAUGCUCUGAAUUUCAGCAAAUGCUAAUAAGCGCCUAAGCGUGAACUUUGAGCCGCCAAAAUAAGAGAUAAGUUGGCUUCCAUUUUACUUCAAGGAAUUCAUUCGGAUUGAAGAAUUUUGGUUAAAAAUCUUUCCAUCUCUUAUUCAAUAUGUCUGGAAGUGUAAGAAAGCCUCCGAAGGAUCAGAUAGAUCCAGUCGAGAGAAGAAAAGAAAGAGAUUACAAGAAAGAAGCAGAGGAAGAAAAUUUGUGGGAAAGCAUAGUACAGCCAGCAUUUGCGGAGUUUGCAGGAACCUUUUUUUACGCCUUCAUGGUAUGCCUGGCCGUUACAGCACAAGAUGUACUGGAAUAUGCUAUUGCAAGUGGUCUCGGAAUAGCAGCACUUUGCAUCAGUUUCGUCAAUAUCAGUGGUGGUCACUUCAAUCCUGCGAUCAGUUUGGCAGCCUUCGUGUCUGGUGGGCUUCACAUCGUCAAUCUCUUAUGCUAUCUUCCUCUUCAGCUGGUAGGUGCCGUUCUUGGUGCAGCAUUCGUAAAGGCCGCUCUCUAUGAAUCAACUUACGAGGAGAUCAAGGGCGGAGCCUCUGUGUUCCGUGGCAACCAUCUCGUCAAUGGCUUCAACGACUGGAUGAAGGUCAAUAACUGGGAUACCUCCCCAUACCUUGCCAUGAUCACCGAGACCCUCCUUGCUACGAUGGUUGUCAUGGCAUAUCUCCAAGCCAACGUCGAUGAGCGCCGGGCAGGCAAGAAGAAGGACCCGAUGGUGUAUGGCAUAGCCAUUGCUUCAGUGACAAUUGCCUCAUUCUACACAGCAGGAGGCGGCUUCAACCCUGCUGUGAGUUUUGGUAGCGCCAUUGUUUCCGACACAUGGGAUGCCCAUUACAUCUACUGGGUUGGACCCAUGGCUGGAGCAGCAAUAGCUUCACUUUUCUUCAGGAUCUUGCUUGGAGAUGAAGAUCAUCGUUUGCUGUGCUAGGUUGCCCAAAGACACACUGGCCCAUAUUCUGAACUCAAGUCUAAUUCAAACUCUGGCCUAAAGUUGUGGUUUAACUAUGGAUAGCCAAUUGCACCAUUAAUCUCUAGCAUUAGAGGUUCACUUUAUCAGCACAUUUACUGCUCGAUCCAUUCAUAACUGUCUGUGUAUAAUAACAAAUAAAGUUUUCUUCACCAUUGAGGCAUAAGACAGACAACAUGACAAACAAACAAAGUAAACAACAUUAUUGACAUGUUUGGCUUCCCAUAAUUUUUGAAGAAUUAGACCAUGGCCUAAGAUAAACUGGACCUUGGAAUAUGGGCCAUAGAGAUCACAUUUGUAAGCAAGAUAUCUCUAGGGAAAUAAAGUAAAAUGGACUACAUUAAAAAGAAAACUUAUACCAAUAGCUUUUGCAUCACAUAUUAAUGAUGACAAUUCAAAGUCGUGAGAUAUACUUGAAUAAAACAUGGAUGCAUAUUUAAAAGUAAGUGUUUGAAUGUGACACUUGGUGGUGUUGGUAAAAAUUAUUGGAGCAUACAAUAAAUGAGAACUAAAAUAUAUUAAACAAGAUAAAUCCAAAUACUGGAAAAUAAGGUUAGCAACAUUAGAAAUGUAAUAUUAUUUAUAUGAUAAGGUAUUGUACAAUGAGCCCAAAUUGAUGUAUAAACUGUUUGUUUUUUCUUAAAGUUUCCAUUCAUAAAUUCAUGAGUGCUCCAAGCUUACUUCAGCUUCUUUGUAUUACGUAGAAAUUGUUAUAACAUGGAAUAUAAGAAUUCAAAUCACAUAGUUUUAAAGUGUCUUGGACAUCAAUACAUUCUAAACUCUAAUUAAUACCUAUAGGCAAAGUAUGUAAUGUAAUAUAUUAUGUAAAGAAUAAGCAAGGUUUGUGAAUAGCUUGAUCCAAUCUAUGCUUUUGAUAUUAGUUUGUUCAUUUCCUUUAUUAUUCUAGCUUGCCUUGCCUUUUGUAAGAAAAUCUAAUACAGUGUAAAUUAAUUGCUAGUCAAAACUCAGUACUGUAUGAGCAAAGCAUUGGAGAACUUAGCCAAACCGAGAUUGCUAAAUUAUAUAAUGUAAAGCAAUCAUUCAGAUAAAAAAAAAUAAAGAAAAAUUAUUUUAUUUGUUCUAAUUACUAAUUUCUUUUUAAAUAUCUGCUAUCUGCUUAUCAAAUCUUAGGAAAAUUUUGCAAAGUAUUAAUCAAAAUGAAAUACAACAGAAUUGAAAAAAAAAGUACUUUAACUCAAAUUGUUUGAAUCUCAGUAUAUUUCUGUAACAUAGUUGUAAACCUGAUACUGUAUCAUUUUCUACAUUAAAGCUUGUACAUGUACAUAGUA